CAAUUCCACCCUCUGCUUGUGAAAACAGUCAACCGGACAGCUACACUGUUACGCUCCUCCUCUCCUAAAACAGCUCAACAGGUUUUCCUGGCUGCAUAACUUAAAUAAUUGAGCUCUUUUUGUCAUUAUUCCCCGGGGGAGGAUCGGAUCACGCCUCUGGGCAUUGGGUUUCUUGCUGCUUCCGCUACCUGGUGGCACCUGUCUUCCGGCAACACCAGAAGGCCCUUCCCAGAAGUGCUCUGGAGAGAGUCGUCCCCAGUGCAGAGUGGUCCACAUCUCACCUCUGUCUUGUCUCCACUGAAUCAGCCCUCGCAUGGCGUCCUGGCAUCCCUACACUUGUCUCUCUUCUGCCCUGACUGGCUGGCUAUUGUCACUGCUGGUUCUACUUCUCCCUGCUGUUCUUUCCUCUCCUCUGGCUGUGCGUGUAGGGGAUUCUGUUUCUCUCCCCAUCCCAUUCCCCUUACCCUCUUUUCAGACUCAAACCACUAUUAUCUGGAGAAGGAAUAACACCAUCCUGGCCAUGGGGAGCUUGCACCCCAAUUUCACCGUUGUGGUAGCCCCCAGCUUUCAUCCUCAAUUCAGGGUGGACCCUUUGAGUGGCAACCUCAACAUCACUGCAAUGACUCCUUCCAAUUCUGGCAUCUACACGGUGGAGAUUUUCCCUCUGGGGAGCUCAGCACAGAAGGAAAACAUCACUGUUCAAGUGUAUGAGGAGAUAGGUGAUGUCUCUGUGAUCCCGCCAUCUGCUGAAGCAAUGGAAGAUGACAGCUCAGUGGCCCUGAACUGCACCCCAGUCCAUGGCUCUGUAUCCUGGACCAAGGAUGGGCAGCAUCUUGGUGAAAAUCCUCGAUAUUUGCGUUCUGCUGGCUACUUGCAGAUAAGAAGCCCACAACGCACGGACACAGGUGUUUACCGUUGUACCAUCUCCAACCCGUUUGGUAAUGGGACUGGCACCUCAAACCUUACUGUCAAUUAUGGUCCGGAGACUCCAACAAUCACAAUCUCGUCAUCGGACCAGGAUUCGGAUGCUGGGAGUUUCGUUCUGGUGAAUAGUACAGUGAACCUAACCUGCCUGGCACCAUCUGAGCCUCAGGCAAAGAUCUACUGGAAUGUAGCAGAUGCUGAAGAUCUCAAUGUGCCCUCCUUGCCAAUUCUGCACCUGCCUCGAGUACAGCUGAAUCAGGCUGGGCCAUAUUCGUGCUUAGCCAUCAACCAGCGCACCCAAAAGCGUGUUCGGAGCACUGUCAACCUCAAAGUUGCCCAACAACCCUCUGGGUUGCCCCACUGCUCCGUGACUUCUGCUGACAAUGGCACCGCUUUGCUUUUCACCUGUUCCUGGCCUGGGGGAUUCCCUGCUCCCCAUUUGAGAUUUCAGGGCCUGCCUGGACCCAGCAAAGAGGCCAGUGAUUCUACCUUGCAACAACUGCUAGCCUCUCCCUUCCCAGAUGGGCUCAGUGGCAAGAAUAUCACCUGUUUGGGACAUCACUUGACCAGAGAGGGCAACUGCAGCAUGGUUCCAGAAGCACCUUCGGGAGUCUUGCUCUCAUUUCAAAUAGACAGCAAUGCUAAUGGAUCGGUUGCUGUGGAACUGCAUUGCCAAGGCACCUUUAACCCAGUGGAGAUUAAAUGGUUUCGGGACCAGCAGCCGCUGCUUUCCACCAGUGAUCGCUAUCAGCUUAGCCCGGAUAGGACACACUUCACCAUCUGGAACUUCACAGCCCCAGAGGAUUUAGGGGAUUACAGGGUCAUCUGCUCCAAUCCAUUGGGAUCUCAACAGUCCAGUUUAACUGUCAUUGGUCCUUCCAUCUCUAAUUGGACUUUAUCCCAUGGACCUUAUCCUGGUUCUGCUUACCUGAAUUGGACAGUCCCUAAAGGAUCAGUGGUUACUAGCUUUUGGAUCCAGAUGCAUAGUGCUAAGCAAAGCCGUUCUGGGGAGGAAUGGAAGACGGUGGAAGUCUUAGCUGCUACCAACAGAUCUACUACUCUUUUGGGACUGCAGCCCCAAACGCCACAUUCCUUCCAGAUUGUGCCUUACUUGGGGUCCCAGGCUGGCAAUGCAUCUCAUGUUCAAAUCCUCCAUCCACCAGUUGCCAGUCUGAGUGGUGGCGCCAUUGCUGGAAUUGUGAUUGGCUCAGUCUUUGGGAUGCUUCUGCUCCUUGUCCUCCUGUUCUUGCUGGCCUGGAUGAUUUGGCUCAUUUGCCAUCGGAGAGCAAAGAACAAGAAAAUUCCACUUGAGAGUCAGCAGCACUAUCUGUCACGUCAGCUAUAUAAUCACCUGUGCACGAAGGCCAUGGAUGAAUGGUAUCACCUAUGA